GCCAUCGGUAAGUCAGAUUUCCUAACCCCACGGACCCCACCGCUGUUUUGUAGCGCGUUCCAACUUGUUUCCUAUCCGAUCGUGACAAUUUUAACAUUCACGCUCGCGUUUGAUGCACCAAAAUACGCAGCAUUGUGAAGUUAUAACGCAAAAACGGAGACAGUGUCUCUCCUUUACUAUCACCUUCUCGGAUCGAAGCAAAGGACGCGCCUAAUCCAUUGCUUUGCGUCCGAGGUCUGAGUUCCGAGAACAUGUCAACAUUGGAGGAUAAGAUUUUGGGGGAGAAAUUGCACUACUACUGCAGCAGCAGUUCCAGCGAGGACGAAGGAAAUGAUUCUGCUGAUUCUGACAAAGAAUGCGACGACGUGAAAUAUACUGACGACGCCUCGCAGUAUUCCGUGCCUUCGUACUCAGAAUGGGUUGGGACUUCCAGCAACACAGGACCUAAAGGUGUCAUAAAGGAUUGGCAACGAUACAAGCAGCUAGAAGCGGAAAAGCGAGAGUCGCAAGAGAAGGAAAGGCUGAAGUUGAUCAAGAAGCUCAGUUUGACGUGCCGCAGUGCUUUGGACGAGGAGAAGGAGAAGGAGACAGAUCCGGAGUUGGCAGACUUGUUAGCCGACGAAUUCCUUCUCGAGUACCAGAGGCAGAGGAUGAAAGAAAUGCUCGCUGAAACAAAGAAGCUUUAUUUUGGGAAAGUUGUCGAUUUGGAGAACACAGAUCAGUUUCUGCAAGCCGUUGACGGGGAAGACAAGUCGGUGAUUGUCGUCGUUCACAUCUACGAGGACAACGUAGCCGGCUGUGAAGCUAUGAACGGAUGCCUGAUUACUCUCGCGGAAGAAUAUCCUUCCGUAAAGUUUUGUAGAAUUCUAGGCUCGAUUGCGGGUCUCAGCAAACAAUUUAAAAAGUAUGGCGUACCGACAUUGCUGGUGUACAAAAACGGACAAGUGAUAGGAAACUUUGUCCACGUUACGGAUCACCUAGGACUAGACUUUUACUCAUCGGACGUGGAGGCGUUUCUCAUCGAGCACGGGAUUCUCGCUGACAAAAACUGCAUACCGCUUAUCGUUUUAAAGAAUGAAAAUGGAGCAUCCGAUAGCGAAUAGAAAAGCAUCAUCAUUCCUUUUAAGAUAUUCCAUUAAUAUGCUCUUCAUUAAAUCGAAACCACUUAUUAAACCUUCGCCAUGAAAUGCUUAUCAAGAGAUUAUCGUGUAAUUAAUUUAUGAAACAAAUUUGAACAAAUAUCACUCUUUAAAUCAGAUAUAUGUAUAUACACGUACAUGUAUUUGUGUUAUUUUCAUUGUUAUGAUAUAUAAAUCCUCCAUUUAUUUCGCAGAAUUA